GUCAGAAGAAGGAGUUCUGGUGAGUCUUCGGAAGAAUCACUAAAUAUCGUUAGAGGCAGAGGAAAUAACAGAGGUAGUGGGAGCAGGAACAGACGAAUGAGUCGAUCGAAGACUCGGGAUAGCUCAGGCGUAACAUGCUGGAAGUGCAAGGAGAUGGGGCAUUUUUGGAAUCAGUGCCCGAAAGAGGAUAAACAAGUUAACAUUGCUAGAGGCUCCGCAAGCGACGAGGAUUUGUUUGUCUGCUAUGCUGAGAGCAGUGUGGAUUCCUGGGUCAUGGAUUCUGGUGCUUCAUUUCAUGCUACCCACAGCAGUGAAGCAUUACAGAAUCUAUUGUUGGGGACUUUGGAAAGGCAGUUGGACGAACACGGACACGAGGUGAUGUUCGGAAACGGGCAGUGGAAGGUCGUGAAGGGAAAUCUUGUCAUGUCCCGCGGAAGGAAGAGUGGGUCGCAGUACAUGGUCGAAUUACCGUCUGAGGGAGUGACCGUCCCAGUUAAGACGAGAAACAAAGUCCGGUUCACAGAGUCUCGUGGGCAGAAGAAGGUUUUCUAUGCAAGAGAGAAACCCAGAGCCACAGCCAAGGUUCUUAGAAGACAGUGGGUCCAAAGAACCAGUAUUCCAGCUGUUGAAAUGUCUCUAGAAGAUUUCUUGCUGACUAUGGAGAUUGUUUGUUCUCAGGAUGUUCCAGGAUCCGGCAGUGCAUGUGUGCAGUGGGAGCCGGUAGGGACCGAGGAUGAGUCAGGGGCAGUUCAAGCCAUGACUGAUGGGUUGAAACUUAGGAGAGUUUCAACAGAGUCUUCUCGAUGAUCAAGAAGGCUGGUGUCAACUAGAGGUAAUAAGAAUGAUGAAUAAGGAAAUAUCCUGGAGGGCAGCAGGGGCAGAGAGGUGGAUGGAUGCUGGCUGGAGGAGCUAUCUAGUUUAGCUAUUGCAUUUAAAUUAAUUGUGUUUUUAAGGGCAAAAACCCAAAGUUGUAUUUUGAUUAAAUACUUAAAGGCUUC